AUGGUGCUCGUCGUCGUACGCGCCUCGGACGGAGCGGCAUUCCCAUUGUACAAACAUGACCUGCACAGCAUCACCACGUCAGUCGUAGACCUUCUGCCCCCCCGGACUAGACUACCCUACCUACCUCAGCUGACUCUGGCAUGUCCUCCACAUGGCACCCAGCCUCGAUGAGUUACGGUACAACGUCCUUUCGAACCUCCUCUCGAUCCAACCGGACCACUUGAUCUGCAUGAACGAAGAAGGCGCCCAACUGCGCGACGAGACCGUACCCCACCUCGCACUCCUAGCCGGAUCCCCCUCCACUUCAGCCGUUCUCGAGUCAUCGUCCUCGCGUUGGAGAGAAACCAAUCCGGCAUCCGCGUCGGCCUCGCGGUCGAGUCAUCUUCGAGGUUCGACUACGAGGUCGAGAUCGAGGGGUGCGGAGGAGAAGAGAAUCUAUGUGUUCGACAGGGAACAUUUGGAUGCCGAUCCAGAGGUGGUCGCGAAUGGUUUGGCCAUCACCGAACAACAGGUGCUCACGGAGGCACCUUUGGAACGUGAGUUCCCUCGUAGAACUUGCUUCUAGAAGUAAAGCUCCAAUCGACGCGAGCCGAAACAUUCUACAUCGUUCCUUUUACAGCCCAGGACCCAUUGCAUUCCCACAUCGGGCUCUCACUACACCAUCUCGAUUCGGUGCAUUCACUCAUUCACUCGAUCGCACUACAACACGCGUCCCUCCACCUCGCCCUCUCCAACCUCCAUCGCGUCAACACCGGUACGCACGCCUCCCUCCAAGUCUACCUCGAUUCGACCCAACCCAACUUGCAGACCUGGCAAGGUCUCUUGGAGAGCUGGGAGGACUCGAUGAUUGCGAUUGGCAAGGUGGGGGUCGUUUCGGCUUUAUUGGGCAAGAGGGGAACGGGCUUGGGGAGUAGUUCGGUCAAUUCGACUGCUCAAGAGAGAUAUUUGGGCGAUUACGUUAGUCGGGAUAAGAUGGGUGCCGUAAAGGAAGGGUGUAAGAGGGUGCUCGGUAAGAGUUUGCAAAGCAGAGUGGCCCCACGCGCAGGUCUGGUUACGAUGCUGACGGAGGAGGUUUGCGUCCAUCCAGAUGAUCUAGUUUCAAGAACUCAAUCUAUGCAGGCGACCGUUGAUGAUGUAUUGGCCGAAACAGCGGUCGUGCAGACCGAGUUUGAUGCGACAAGGUCAGUGGGCUUGUCCGUAGACACUUCUCUCGCCAUCUUCACUGACCUUUUUCUUGCUGCUUCAGUCGAGACAUGGAAGAUUUGGAUGCCUGUGCUCAUGAUGCUGAAAUGGGGCAUCAGCGGAUAGAAGAGCUCGUGCGAGCCAGUGAAGAAAGUGAGCUCAAUUCCGAUCCGCAUGUACCCACCCCACGUCGGCCUACUCACGCGAUCAUCAAUUCCUCCGCAGUGCAAGACCCGACCUUGACCGACCAAUGUUUCGAAGAAUUGACCGUCCUCGACUCGGAGCACCGCAAUCGCAUCCGCUUCCUCGUCCAACACAAGAACGCCAUGACUCACUACCUCCUCACCAUGAUGCAACGCAUCUCGGGCCUCCAAUCCGAUAUCGCGAUCAUGCCUUCGACGUUGGGCGAAUUGGACCAUGAUGCGAGGACCAAGACGGACAACUUCAAGCAUCUCGCGAGGUUGGAGGGGUUGAUCCCUGCUUAUGUCGCGACGAUCGUGGAGAUUGUUAGGAGGAGGGAAUACGAUGGGUUGUUGAGGACCCAUGCGAAAGGGUUCGGCGAAGCGUUGGAGGUCAUUAUCGGAGUUGAGAGGGAGCAAAGAGGGACGUAUCGCCAACGGUAUGCGGGAAAGUUGCCGUGGGAGGUCAAGGGGCUUAGCAGUGGUGGAACGACGGAGGAAGUCACCCCUUUCGUUGACCUCGGCGUUCGGCUCGGUUCGGAUGAGCAUUUACCCGAAUUGACGAGGUCCCACGUUGAGGCGUUGUUGACGACCUUGAGGCAAGUCGAAGGCGGGAUGACGGUCUCGGGCAUGAGACAUCCUAUUCGGGAAGCGAGGAUCCUCCUCGAAAGUCUCGUACAACAACUUGACGAGAUCAAGAUCGAAUUUGAGCGACUCGCGAAGGACCGUUCCCCUAUCGCGGCGAGUUCUUCAGCCGUCUUGGCUCGGACGCAAGAGGUCGAAGAGUUGAAGGGCAAGAUUCGGAGUUUGGAGGAAGCCAAGUUCGAGGCCGAGAGGGAGUUGCAGCGCGAGCGUUCGAGCCAUGAGGAAGAGGUCGUGCAGCUCAAUUUGUUGGUCGGGCAAGCGACGGCGGGGAAAGAGGCGGAUCGGGCACAGUUGGAGGUUCUGAGAGGGGAAAUGAGGAAGGAGAGGGAAGAGAGGAGGAAGGAGGUUGCGAAGUGGGAAAAGGCGGAACGGGAGGCGAGGAGGGACAAGGAAGAGGAAGCCAGGAGGGCGACGGACGAAGCGAGGAGCUUCAGAGCUAGGGAAGACGAGUUGGACCUUCUUCUGAAAGCGGCGAGGAAAGGAGAAGACGACCUCAAAGAUCGUGUUGCGGAUCUUGAUCGGAGACAUCUUAACCUUUCGUCGGAUCAUGAAGGCGUGCGGGGCGAAUUGGAUCGAGCCAAGUCGACGAUCGAGGAACUCGAAAAUGCCAUCAAGGUUUCGGAAACGACCUGCCGCGACUUGACCGUCGUCGUCGCGGAGAAGGAGAGGAAGUUGCGGGACCAGAGCAACGAGGCCGAGUUGGAUCGCGCCGUGUUGGAGAAGGAGAUGCAGGACUUGCGAGCGACGAUCGAGAGGCACCAAGUCGAGCGAGAACGUGCGGCCGCGAGGGAGUCGACGCUCGAAGAGAUCGCGAGUGGGUUGAGAGAACAGGUCGAGAGAUGGACUUCGCUGGCUGCGACGAGGGAGACCGAAUUGGUUCAGGCCAAGGGAGACGUCGAUUCCCAACGCGGGGAGCGGGAAAGGGCUUUGAUCGAGGCAAACAGGGAAUUGGCUAAAGCGACGACGGCGGCGAGAAUGGCGAUCAAGCUGGCGGCGAGGAUGAAACAAGAGACGGAGCAGGUGACUUCACUCCUCAGAUCGACAUCGGCGUCGCAAAAGGUCGAUUCGUCGCAGGAGAACGUCGACGUUGCGAAAACCGACCUCGUGGGCUCAGUAGCAGCGCCGGAUCGUGGUGUAGCGGGCACUAUGUCUGAGUCUGUCGAUUACGAGCAGGGCAAGAUCGAGGAUCUGAUCGUCGAGCUCAGCAAGAUUGACAAGAUCGACGACAACAGGGACUCCCUGACAGAUGCGGUGCGCAGCAAGAUCGAUGCGCUGUCGUCGGCGACCAAGAAAUGGAUCAAGGAGGCCAAGGCGUACCGCGAGCGAGCGCUCAAGGCUCAGACCGUCGCGGCGGACAAGAUUGCUUUCCGCAAGUGAGUGAGGCCCUCAGAGAAUUGUCGGGAUGAACAAGUGCUGACCACGGUAUGAUACUCUGACAGCUUCGCGAUCGGUGAUUUGGCGCUGUUUUUGCCCACUCGCGACUCGGCGAUCCCCGUCUGGGCCGCCUUCAACGUCAGCUGCCCUCACCAUUUCCUCUCGGCCAAGGGAACCGUCCAGGAGCAAACGCAGACGCGGACUUGGAUCGUUGCUCGCAUCACGUCCCUCACCGAACAAGUCGCCGACCUCAAGGACCCCGCCUCGAACCCUUACCUUCUCGCGCCGGGGACCAAGUUCUUCCACCUCGAAGUUGAACCGUGGAGCUCCAAGGACCUCUCGCGCUCACGUGGCAAGAGACUAUCGUCGGGCGACAAGACGUCUCGUGACAAGCGCGGAGGCUCACCUUCGACGUCCAACAACAAGCACCAGCCGAGCGGCCUCAGCUUUACGGGCCCCGAUUCGCCUUCCCAGGGCGGAUCCGUGGCUUCAACUUCGGCUGUCGUGGUGGAAGCUUCGACGCCUUCGAAACGACCUACGGCAGGUCGACGCAGUGUCUCUGAAGGUGGGCAGAGUGCGCAGUUACCUUCGAACGCGACGUCAUUGGCUCGUUCAGAGUACGCCGUGAUUGAAGAGGAGGAGGCGAUCGGUUCAACGAGUCCGACCCCGCCCUCGGGGUUGGAGCACGACGCUGCGCCAUCGACCCCAGCAGCGAUCACCGCACCUUCAGGCCUGGCCGUAUCGCUCUUUCGCUCUCGACCGCCCUCUCCAGCAAUCGUUCGGUCCGAUCCUUUCAACUCCAAUCCUUUCGCCGUCUCGUCUUCGCCACCUGUCGAUGACUCAUUCGAAGAAGGCUCGAUCGCGAUUGUUAGCCCCCGUGGCACCGAUUUCGAACCCGCCGCGACAUCGGCCGGUGCGGUGCCGGCGUUCCUCCCUUCAACGGGAAGAAAGACCCCUUCGGCAAGUGGGAGCCAGAAGAGCUCGACGACGGCCUCGACCGCAUUGACCUCGACCAAGCUCAGUCCUCGUUACGUGCGCUCCUCACCGGCUGACGGAAGGGGAUCGUCGAAACCACGACCAAUUAUCGGCGGGGUGGUUGCUGGUGGGUCUUCGAACGCCGACUCGUCCGCAACCUCACCUUCUUCGGUUCAUGGUCACCUGCCUCGCUCGGCCAGCUCGGCGAGUAGCAUCCUCUCGGCGUCGUUGCAGAGGGCCAGACCGCUAGCAUUUCCGAGCACGAGCCCUCUCGACGGGAGCAAGGCCGCCCCGACCGUCGAGAACGCCUCUUCGCAACGAUGGACAGCCAUGACCGAUAGCCUCAUUGACGCAACCUCUACUUUGCUACCCACUUCGAGUCAAGGAGAAAGUGGGUCCUCGGGGCCGUUGGGCAGCACGACGACCCCUCGAGCUCGUCGACCCUCGGAAUCUUCGUUGGCGGCUGUCGCAGCAGCCGGACGUCGGACAACCGCUACAGCACCGGCGGACUCGACGAGAAGUUCCAGGAUCGUGGGUGAGGUGCGCAAGGUACUGUCGCCAAAGUAG